ACCGAGCGACGCAGACUCAGUGCCAAGGCCGACUGAGGACCAAGCGACAUCAGACUGUGUUUUGUGUGGCAGAGGUUCGCAUACUCGCGCCCUCAGCUCACGAUUUUUUCCUUUGAACGCGAGUUUGAGCAACGAAAAUGACCUUCCUGAGGGCGGAGCUCCUGAGGUGGGCGCCGACGGUGCUGCCUUACCUCUUACUCACCUCGCUCUUCGCUCUCUCGCUCGUCUGGUUCUUCAGGAGGCAGCAGAAGGUGGCGCUGAUCGAGAAGAUCCCCGGCCCGAAGGCGCUGCCGCUCCUCGGAAACGCCUUGGAGGUUAACGUUGAGCCUCGAGAGGUUUUCCAACGCAUCUGCGGGGGCAUGGCUAUCGCGGGCAAGGCGCCCCUGCGAGUGUGGCUGGGGACUCGGCCGAUGGUCCUGGUCAGCCAGCCUGCCGAUGCGGAGAAUUGUUUCAAGUUGUCAAAGGAGGGUCAUACAUCUGGAGUUAUCACACCGCUGUGUUUCGUGUCUGGGCAGGACCUUUUCCGCUGGUCCAGCUGUUUAAAUGUAAUCCUUAGCAGCCAGAAGCACCUGGACAAAAGUCGUGACUACACGUUCCUGCAUCCUUGGCUGGGCACAGGCCUCCUCACUUCCACAGGCUCCAAAUGGCACUCCCGGAGGAAGCUCCUGACCCCAGCCUUCCACUUCAAGAUCCUGGAGGACUUCGUGGAGAUCUUCAACAGCCAGAGCAUCAAAAUGGUGAAGUUACUGGAGAAGAAGGCUGAGGGGGAGUGCUUUGACAUCUUCCCUUACAUCACUCUCUGCACCUUGGACAUCAUCUGCGAGACCGCCAUGGGAUGCAAGAUUGGCGCUCAAGACAACAGCGAAUCAGAUUAUGUUAAGGCUGUGUACCGGAUCGGAUCCCUCGUGCAGCACAGGCAGGCUCGCCCUUGGCUGCAGCCAGACAUCCUCUUCAAGCUCUCCGGGUACCAGAAGGAGCACGACGCUUGCCUCAAACUCCUGCACGACUUUUCCUACGACAAGAUUAGGACCCGACGCAAGGAGUACCAGGAGAGCAAGAAGAACAAGGGUCAGGAGACGACCGAGGACGAGGCUCUGGGCAAGAAAAAACGACUUGCAUUCCUUGACCUCCUGCUGGAGUACUCCGACGGCGUCGCCCGGCUCACCGACGAGGACAUCCGCGAGGAGGUGGACACCUUCAUGUUCGAAGGCCACGACACGACGGCCGCCGCCAUCAACUGGACGCUGUACCUCCUCGGGUGCCAUCCCGAGAUACAGGCCCGCGUGCACGAGGAGCUGGACGGAAUAUUUGGAGACUCUGACCGUCCCGUCACCAUGGCCGACCUCAGGGAAAUGAAGCUGAUGGAGAACUGCAUCAAGGAAGCCCUUCGUCUAUUCCCUUCUGUGCCCUUCAUCGCCCGCGAGCUCAGGGAGGACGUGGUUAUCAAUGAUUACCACAUUCCCUCCGGCACCACUGUGUUGGUGGUGACGUACCGCCUCCACCGCGACCCGGAGCAGUUCCCGAACCCGGAGGUGUUCGAUCCGGACCGCUUCCUGCCCGAAAACUGCAAGACGCGACACCCGUACGCCUACGUCCCCUUCAGCGCCGGGCCAAGGAAUUGCAUUGGACAAAAGUUCGCCCAGAUGGAGGAGAAGAUCGUGCUGAGCAACGUCCUGCGCCACUACCGCGUGGAGAGCACCAUCAGGCGCGAGGACCUGAGGAUCCUCGGGGAGCUGAUCCUGCGCCCCGAGAACGGAAAUCCCCUCAAGCUCUUCCCAAGAAAGGCCCAGUAGGAUGUCAUAUCCAAAGAGCAAAUGGACGCGACAGAAGGCCAUGGCAACACGGAAAUACAAUCGAGCCAUUUGAACAUGCCAUUUGGAAAAGUCGUCAGUUAAAAGGGUUACUGGGGGUUUCAGGGCGAAGCUGGCCAGGCAUCGUUCUCUUUUGUUUCAUAGUCCAUUAAUGUGCCCCUGCAUAUGCAGAGAAAAUAGAACGGUAGUAAUAUGUAUAUAUAUAUAUAUAUAUAUUUAUAUAUAUAUAUAUAUAUAGAUAGAUAGAUAGAUAGAUAGAUAGAUAUUUGGAUAGAUAUGUAGAUAUAUAGAUAUUUAUAUAUACACACA